AUGUUCGCGAAACUGCAAAAGCACAAGGAGAGAAAAUCGAAGCAACAGUUGAAAUUCCGCUUCGAUGUCUACGACAUCGAGUGUAUCAACCUCCCACAAAACGUGUUUUCUGUAAGAGUUUUACUCACCAGAGGCGCCAAAGUGUCACUCACGAGCGAAGGUUUCGUCGAUGCAAACACGAACUCGGCGAGUUUUUUGAGCACGAGCGAGGAAACUGAAGAAAAUACGAACAACAACAAGCUGACGCAAAUCGUGACUUUAUACCGAGAACACACUGGACAGUUCGAGCCGAAAGCGUACAACGUCAAGUUACAAGCCUGCGGGAACAGCACGACGUUCGCAAGAGGAAUCUUGGAUGCGAGCAAGUUUUGCACGGACACGAGCGCUCUGAGCGAACACGGGUUCGAGACGACGCACGAGAUGCGAAUGGACAACGGCGUGACGCGUGUGAGGUGUAAAGUGCGAAUGACGUGGUUGAAGAACUGGACGAAAGGCGGAGCGUCGAGACGUUCUGAAAUGGAUAUGACGGAAUUGUCGUUUAUAAGUAGCGCGAAUUUGUCGGCGUCGUUUAUGACGAACAAUGAUACGAACGGUAUGGAGAAUGAUAACGAUAUGAAUCCGUUCGCGAUGAAUAUGACGACGACAACGACGAAUGAUAAUGAGAAAACGGAACCACCAUCAUCAUUCGCAGCGAACGGCGACGAACAAGAUUUGUCCGGGUUCGACGAAGAGCUUGGAGAAGAAAAAACAACGAUAACAACGACGCCAGUCUCGUCGAGUGCAUCGCCGCUACGAAAAUUCAACACGUCCGAAGUGAAGCGCUCGUUAUCGACGACUUCGUAUCUGUCGCCCAUCGGCGAAUGUUCGACGCCUGAAUUAGCGAAUAACCGAGCGGAUACAAUAAUCGCAAACGGCGUGACGAACGAAGAAGCCGUGGCGAGAGAAAAAGCGUCAGCAGAACAACAAAGACAAACGACCAUCGUCUUGGAAUCGUUACGAAAAGAAGCGAAAGAUUUAAGAAGGAAAAACGACGAGUUGACGAGAGACCGCGUCGAACUCGAAACGCAACACGAAGAGGAAACGGAGAAAUUGAAGAGGAAAAUCGAUGCCAUGCGAGACGAAUUGAGAGUGAAAGAAGAAGGACAAAAAGACAUCGAGAAGAGCGCGUUUGAAUCCAGUCGCGCGUUAGAAACGCAGACGCGUAAAUUAGAACGGUUAGAGGCUGAUUUCGCGCAGGCAAAGAUGGAAUCGUCAGGUUUAAAAGAGCAAACGCAAAGCUUGGAAGCCGCGUUAGUCGCCUUGAGAAACAAACAAGAGGAGAAGAAGGCGAACGAUGAAAAUAUCGCAUCUCUCGAAACGAGCAACAGCAUAAUUGCGACAACGACGGCGAUGUCGACGAAAUACGCGGAAGAAAUCGCCGCAUUGAAGACCACGCUAGAGAAGAAAGAGAAGCAAAUCAUUCAGUUGGAACACGUCGUGAAAAAAUCCGCGGAGGAAAUCUCGCGAGAGCGAGAGAAAACAGACGCUAUGAUUCAUAGAAUAGAAUCCGAACGCGACUUGGAACGAACCGCCUGCGAAACCGAACUUGCCAAAUGCGAAACCGAAAUCGAGAGUUUAAAAUCCCAACUCGUCUCCGUCGUGCAAGAAACGACCAUGCUCGCCACCGAUUUACGCAAAGACUUGCAAAAACGCGCCGACAAAGAAAUUCGAGACGCCAACGAAGAAGCCAUGAAAGCGAGGGAAGAGCUCGAUCGAUGCCAAAAAGAGCUGCAAGAUACAAACGUAGCUUUACACUCUCACGUCAGCGCGUUAGUGAGCGCAAAAACCGAAUCCGCGGUCGCGCAGGGCGACGUCUUAGAACUCCGCUUGGCGCUUCGCAAAACCAAGGAAAAAUUUUUGGACUCGUUAGCGCGUUUGACUCGGUACGAAACCAAAGACGUCAUGCGAAGAGCAUCUUUGGCGUCUGCUGCUCCUGCUCCUACUGCGUGA